AUGAAAGCCGAAGGUGAUGGCUACAGUUGGAAUCGCUCUUUCUCGGAACCAGAUCUAUCUGCCAAUCCAAAGCUAAGUCGUUUCACAAUCAAACAUCCGCACGAAUAUAUAGCUGUUGAUGAUCUAAAGUUCUAUCGUCGUCGUAACCAGCCUGUCCAGUUGCAUACCCGUAGUAAUAUCUGCCUGUACAAUCGGGAUGAGCCGUUGACAUCCUUUGGCUCUCUAAAGUCAGAGUAUCGCAGGCAUUUCAGCUGCGCCACCCCAUCGAGACCCAGGUCAUUGUUAAGGCGAGCCACAUCGCUGCGUUUGGAGGGUUUGAUGCAGCUUCUGUCGGAACAUCAGGAUAAAUAUCACUGGUUCACUGCAGAGGAUUUACAAUUCUCCCGCACUUUUCCCGUACGCAAUCCGGAGAAUCUGCAGUUGCCACCCAACAACAAUAUGAAAAACUCCUCGUAUCUAGCAUAUCCCAUGAUGGAUUCCAAGAUAUUGCCACGCGAAAUGUUUCACGAGGAGGAGCAGCACAAAUCCCAUCUACAGAUGAGAGAUCGGGCGGCAGCUCGUGAGCAACAAGAGCCAGCACCAUCGGAGUACAAACGCCAAUAUGUCCAGCAAUUUCCCAUCGAGAAGGCCCAUUCUAUACCACAGAUGACAAGCAUCAAAAUCCAGGGGGAAGCUGAUUUUGUGGCUGUGCCCGAAUAUCAGGAUAGCUUCAAAAUGUAUGCCAACUAUUCAAAGAGUGCUCCCAUCAAGAAGGAUGACAAUUUGCGCAUCUCUGGCGAACAGCACGAACGGAAUGUGCCCGAAUAUCGUGACAAGUUCAUUGACCCACCCAAGGAUAUGGCGAAAGAGAAAUCACUCAAGACAGACGAUCAUUUACGGCCACGUGGCGAGUUUAGCAAAGAAAUUCCCGAAUACUAUGAGAGCUUCCGUGAUCCCAAAAUAACUGAGAUGCCUGAUAAGGGCAAGCCCCGUGAACCCUUUCUUCGUCUCCGGGGCAAAAUUGAAUUCAAUCCAGAGUAUCGUAACAAUUAUAUCGACUUUCCAAGAUCCCGUCCAAUUGUAAAUAAGCCGGCGUCUACCUUUCGAUUACCUAACUCCAACACCAACUCCAACUCUCACUCCCAUUCCCAAUCAAUCUCCAACUCCGAUUCUUUGCACAGUCCACGUCAAGUGGAUCAGGAACUUAGUAAUUGUCCAAUCGUCCCAGCUUCGGAGGUCACUGCCACGCCGGAAUACCGAAGAGCCCAAUAUAAUUAUCAAAUCCGAGAGAGACCAACAAAGGAAAGUAGCGAUGGAAUCCGCAGGAGCUCGGACACAACGCCUCCCCAUCCGCAAAUGCAUCAACAGCAGCACCCACAGGCCACCUAUAAACGAAGACCUUCACGACAUGCGGCGCACCACGCCCCACCUCCGCCUGUUGCCCGUGUUUUUGAGGAUCCAUCGGUGGCGGUGGGUGCCAAAAAACCCGCCAGAUACGGCAGACGUGCUUCCCUAUUGCAAAAUGUUAAUUGCCGCGAAAACUCGUCCAUAAUCGAAGGCAACCCCAAAUAUGCCGUUGGCGGUAGACGAGGACCCAAAAACAACUCGACAAAUCAGCAGGAAACUGGUUCAUUUGUGGUCCUCGAUGAUGCUCCAUGUAAGCCUUCCAAUUGGAUGAAGAAAACCUGGUAUGAUUAGUAGAUCUAAGAUUGAAUCAAGUUCAUUAUUGAUUUUAAGAACUUUAGAAAAUAAAUCAAAUUCAU